AUGGCGGACGAAGUGUACGACGGUGCCAUUGGCAUUGAUCUGGGUACCACCUACUCCUGCGUUGCCACGUACGAGGGUACCAAUGUCGAGAUCAUUGCCAACGAGCAGGGUUCUUUCACCACCCCUUCUUUCGUCUCCUUCACCGACAAGGAGCGUCUGAUCGGUGAGGCUGCCAAGAACAAUGCCGCCAUGAACCCCAAGAACACCGUCUUCGAUGCCAAGCGUCUGAUCGGACGUCGGUUCGAUGACCCAACUGUCAAGAAGGAUAUUGAGUCGUGGCCCUUCACGAUUAUCGAUGACAACGGCAGCCCCAAGAUCGAAGUCGAGUACCUCGGCGAGAAGAAGAGCUUCUCCGCCCAGGAGAUCUCCGCCAUGGUCCUGAUGAAGGAGAUUGCUGAGACCAAGCUCGGCAAGAAGGUGGAGAAGGCCGUUAUCACCGUCCCGGCCUACUUCAACGACAACCAGCGCCAGGCCACCAAGGACGCCGGUGCCAUCUCUGGCCUCAACGUCCUCCGUAUCAUCAACGAGCCCACUGCUGCCGCCAUUGCCUACGGUCUCGGCUCCAACAAGUCCGAGAAGGAGCGUAACGUCCUGAUCUACGAUCUUGGUGGUGGUACCUUCGAUGUCUCCCUGCUCAACAUCCAGGGUGGCGUCUUCACCGUCAAGGCUACUGCCGGUGAUACUCACUUGGGUGGACAGGACUUCGACACAAACCUCCUUGAUUUUUGCAAGAAAAAUUUCACUCGCCAAACGAAGAAAGAAGACUUUCCCAAAGUGCGAACCCUCAUCUGGGUUGAAGCAUUCUUCUCAGGCCUGUUCUUUGCAAUGCGCUCUCGAGAACUCUCCUACGGCCUCGCUCAUGACGGGAAUAACGAUCUCAACUUCACCAAAGAGCAGCUACUUGAGAUUGCAGCUGCAACCAAAAAGAAGCGCCAGGAUUUGAAUAAGGAGUAUCGCAAAAAGAACCCCCCCCCCAAGAAAGCGUCACAAGAACCCAACCGUCAAUACUGGGUCCGCACCAAGGACAAAGCCAACGCUAGAAAGAAGAACGACAUGGACAACAAGAAACACUACUGUAUCAUCGACAUCACUGGCGACGCCCGCGCCCUCCGCCGUCUCCGUACCGCUUGCGAGCGUGCCAAGCGUACCCUGUCCAGCGGUGCCCAGGCCACCAUUGAGAUCGACUCUCUCUUCGAGGGCGAGGACUUCACUAUGACCAUCACCCGUGCCCGCUUCGAGGAGCUCAACGCCAAGGCCUUCUCCGGCACCCUCGAGCCUGUCGCCCAGGUCCUUAAGGACUCGGGUGUCGAGAAGUCGGCUGUCGACGAGGUCGUCCUCGUCGGUGGCUCCACCCGUAUCCCCCGCAUCCAGAAGCUCCUGUCCGAGUUUUUUGACGGCAAGAAGCUCGAGAAGAGCAUCAACCCUGACGAGGCCGUCGCCUACGGUGCCGCCGUCCAGGCCGGUAUCCUCUCCGGCAAGGCCACCUCGGCCGAGACCUCGGACCUCCUCCUCCUCGACGUGUGCCCCCUGUCCCUGGGUGUCGCCAUGGAGGGCAACAUCUUCGCCCCCGUCGUGCCCCGUGGCAACACCGUUCCAUGCCUGAAGAAGAGGACCUUCACCACCGUCGCCGACAACCAGCAGACCGUCCAGUUCCCCGUCUACCAGGGUGAGCGUGUCAACUGCGAGGACAACACCUCCCUGGGUGAGUUCACCCUCGCGCCCAUCCCCCCCAUGCGCGCCGGCGAGGCUGUCCUCGAGUGUGUGUUCGAGGUCGACGUCAACGGUAUCCUCAAGGUCACCGCCACCGAGAAAACCUCGGGCCGCAGCGCCAACAUCACCAUCAGCAACUCGGUCGGCAAGCUCUCGUCGGCCGAGAUUGACAAGAUGGUCAAUGACGCCGAGAACUUCAAGGCCAACGACGAGGCCUUUGGCAAGCGUUUCGAGGCCAAGCAGUCCCUCGAGAACUACGUCUCCCGCGUCGAGGAGAUUGUCUCGGACCCCACCCUCUCCCUCAAGCUCAAGCGCGGCCAGAAGGAGAAGAUUGAGUCCACCAUCUCCGACGCCAUGGGCGCCCUCGAGAUCUCCGACAGCACCGCCGAGGAUCUCAAGAAGCAGGAGCUCGCCCUCAAGCGCCUUGUCACCAAGGCCAUGUCCUCGCGAUAA